UUGACACCGGGCCGGGCGGAGGCGGGCCCGCCGGGACCGCGCCGCUCCCGCCCGCCCGCCGCCGCCGCCGCCGGGCAGUGGGUCCCGCGCUCCAUCGCCGCCCCCGCGCUCUCCCCGCCAGGCUCGGCGCGGCGCUGCGCGGGGCCGCCCCCGCCCGCGGCAUGGCCGGUUCGCUGGGCAGGGGGGCGGCGUGUUGGCGGAUGCGGAGCGCGGCGGGCGGCAGGAAGGAGAAGCCGGGCGGCAAGCCCCAGCCGCGGCACGAAAAUAUGAAGAAACCUUGGAGCCCUGAUUUACCAGUUGAUAACCACUCAUACAAUUCAGAUUUCACAUCCGUCCCAGACAGGGAAGGUGAGAAAGAACUAGCACCCGAUGGCACUGAAGAAAAGAAAGAAAGAGAAAAGAAACACACCAAUUUCACUUUGUGUAAUGUUUGUAACAUUCAGCUGAACUCUGCUGCUCAGGCACAAAUCCACUACAAUGGCAAAUCCCAUCAGAAGAGGUUAAAACAGCUCAGCAAUGGAAAUCUCAAAAGUGAUAAUGGUGGUACAUGCCAGAGCCCUGCUCUUCCAGCCCUAGUGCGUCCUCCUGCUCCACCUUUGCAGCCGUCGCUGGAUAUUAAACCAUUUCUUCCAUUUCCUCUGGACACUGCCGCAGCAGUCAAUCUCUUCCCCAACUUCAAUGCAAUGGACCCAAUUCAAAAAGCUGUAAUAAAUCAUACAUUUGGGGUUCCUCUUCCUCAUCGAAGAAAGCAAAUCAUAUCAUGCAACAUUUGCCAGCUGAGAUUUAAUUCUGAUAGCCAGGCUGCGGCCCACUACAAAGGCACUAAACAUGCCAAGAAGCUCAAAGCACUGGAAGCCAUGAAAAAUAAGCAGAAAUCUGUUACUACCAAGGACAGCGCAAAGACUACCUUCACUUCCAUCACUACCAAUACCAUCAAUACCAGCUCUGACAAAACAGACGUUACCGCAGGGACACCAGCAAUAUCAACGACGACAACCGUGGAAAUCCGGAAGAGCAGUGUUAUGACAACUGAGAUCACCUCUAAAGUGGAGAAAAUCCCCACGACAGCCACUAGCAGCACCACAUGCCCUUCCGCUGAGACUGAGGAAGAAAAAGCAAAAAGACUGCUGUACUGUUCACUAUGCAAAGUCGCUGUCAACUCUGCCUCGCAGCUGGAGGCGCACAACAGUGGGACUAAGCACAAAACUAUGCUGGAAGCUCGGAAUGGAAGUGGAACCAUAAAAGCCUUUCCCCGGGCAGGCGUAAAAGGAAAAGGACCUGUGAAUAAAGGAAACACAGGCCUUCAGAACAAAACAUUUCACUGUGAAAUAUGUGAUGUGCACGUAAACUCUGAGACACAACUGAAACAGCACAUAAGCAGUAGAAGGCACAAAGACAGAGCUGCUGGGAAGCCACCUAAACCUAAGUACAGCCCUUACAACAAACUCCAAAAGGGAACACAUCCUCUAGGGGUAAAAUUAGUAUUUUCAAAGGAACCUUCAAAGCCGAUGGCUCCACGAAUCUUACCAAAUCCGCUUGCAGCUGCAGCAGCUGCUGCUGCUGUGGCUGUGAAUUCCCCCUUCAGUCUUCGCACAGCCCCGGCAGCCACCCUUUUCCAGACUUCAGCACUUCCUCCAGCACUCCUACGACCAGCUCCAGGGCCUAUACGGACCACCCAUACUCCCGUGCUGUUUGCUCCUUACUGAACUCCAAACAGGAAUUAAUUGUACUGCAAUAAUUUUUCAAAUCAAAACAAACAAACAAACAAACAAAAAAAGAAAAUCAAGAACAUUGAACUAUGCAGUGUUUAUUUAUAGUUUAAAGUAUAUAUGAAGAGCCAGGACUUUUGAUAGAGAACUGAACAAAUUCUAAAAGGGGGAAUGGGCAGUAUUUUCUCCAGAUGAGAACAUUCCUCUUGAGUAUUGAUCGUUUUAGAACUGAUCUCCAGCAUUGACUUGUAGUGACAUAUAAAACUUAUGAAGCCUUUUGACUGUGCUUUUUGGCACAUAUUUCCCUGCAAUGUCUUUCCUGCUUUAUGAAACAACUUACAAAUUUGUCUAAAGGGCAUUAACUGGUUCCAAUGUACAUAAAAUACUUUAUUCUGUAGAUUAAAGAAGAAGAAAAAAAAAAAAAAAAGAAACACUGUGAAUAGUAGUACCCUUACCAAUCCUCCUGCCAAAUCAGCAGUUACUGGGUAUUUAUCUGAACAAAAGUAGAUACAAUAGAUGUUGUGUAAAACAGUAGUAUUGUGUCUCUAUCUAUGCCACUAGGUUUCUAACUGAGUUGCAAAAGAUAAAAAUGAACAAAUUAUGUCACUUUGGUAAGUAGUCAAAAACGAGGACAAUAAUGUGGAGCUGUUCCUGGUGAGCAAAAUUGUUUUCCUCACCCGUAGAGGAAUGGGCGUGAAGAUAAUCUAUGGUUAGGGCAAAGUAAAUGAUAAAGAAGAUUUAGUGGGGGGAAAAAAAUCCAGAUGCUGUACACAGAGGAGGUCAAACUUUUAUUUAACUGAGAACGUAUGUGUACAGUCUGUGUAUAUUCAAAAGGUGUAACACAUACAGGAUAGAUCAAUGUUUAAGGCAUGCCAGUGGACAGCCAAAAAUAUGCUCUUGUCAUGAAACAGGCCUGACACUUCAGUGUUGAGCAGAGAGAAGACACAAAUGGGUUAUGCAUAGUCAUGACUAGCAAAUGAAAAGCAGGAGAGAAAUCCUGGCCUCAUUUAAGUCGGCAUAAAGUUCCUCCUGACUGCAAUGUAGCCAGAAUUUCAUUCCAAGAAUGGCACAUAUUCUUUUAUAUCACACCAGUGGGAGAGUCUGUAGAUACAGGUAACAUUUUUUGCAAUAGGCUUAGUCUUAGAAACAGAUUUAUUCUCUUGUUUUACUUCCUCCUGAUGUGAUAUAAAAUGUCUUGAAAUACCUAUAAAAUGUAAACAGCAACACAUGAGAUACAUAUUACGAGAUAACUGCACAUUGUGGGUUUGGAACAAAUACAACCUUUAGGAUCUGAAGGGACCCUUGAAUUCUGUAGCUGACCUUUAUGUAUGGACAGCUUAAAGCCUUAUAUAUUUACUGUGAGGCUUAAAGGGGUUGACCGUGUCCCUUUAAAGUAAGAUUUAUCAGGGGUAUAUAUAGAUAUAUUGUAUAUAUGUUAGAGUAAGAAAAAUAACUUAUAAACAGAAAAUCUACUAUAUAAAAUAAUUAUAUAACCAUUGAGUUUCACAUGUGGGUCAUUAAGUGGUAAGUAACAAACAGCAGAGAAAAAAAUAGACUUCUUGAAUCUGAUUCUUGCUGCCUGCUUUUUCCCAUAGGGAGCUGAAAAGUAUCUAUUAAUAUUAUGGAGUGCGCUGCUGAGUCACAUGCGACCACUCUGAUGUGUAGCUAAGUGAAAUGCCUACCAUACAUUUAGGAGGAAUAAAAUUUAAAAACAUAAUUUAAGUUUAGAUGGGGAAAUGAUUUGAAAGAUUUUAUUAAAAGGUAGUAAUGCAAAAUAUUGACCAUGUGGUUGCUAUAUAAAUCUGCCUGUGGUUAAUAUGGACAGUUGGGAGAUAUAGAGGAUGGGAAUAUACAGCACUUUUGACUUGCAAUUCAUCAGUGAGCCUUCCAUAUACAUUGGUAUUUGCCAUUUUUUAAACCUCUCUGCAUUUAGAUUUUAUAAAAAAAAUAUAUAAAAAGAGAGAAAGAAGAGGUUCCAUGGAUGUCUGUGUCCAAAGAAUUCCAAAGAGAUGCAUUUAUUUAUCUAGAAGUAUUAAAAUAAGUUCUAUAUUAUGUAUUUGUAUUUCAUCCAGUUUAUUUGCAAACGUUUGUGCCUUGAAAUGAAAGGGGCUUUUGUUUAUAUUUAAUUCACUCCUAUGUAGCCAUGAAAAAGAUGCAAUGGCGAUUUCAGGGCUGGUUACUAGCUGGAUUGCUUUGGCCCAAUCUCCAAAACAAAAAGAGUAUGAGUAAGUUCCUGAAGCCAAGGUUAGGCACCUAAAUAACUAGGGGCUGACAUUUAAAAGGGCUCCCUACUACACAGCUCCCAGUAAAGAGGCAGUAAACAGUCCAGCCUUCAAAACCUGCACCUAGCACUCAAUUUAGAAAAUGUUUCCUUUUAUUUGGGUACAUAAAUAUAGUGUUGUAAGGUUCAACUCCUCUUUGCAAAACCUUGGCCUUGGUCUUUUAAGCCUGCUUUCGACCUUCCAUCUCUUUGCAGAAGUUGUAGUGCCAUUGUGCCAGCUGUGUUCAGAUUCCUCCUUGAAUAGGACACCAGUUUUCAAGCUGUGCUCCAUGAACCACCGCUUAUCUCCACAGUCUUUUGUAAUAGCCUGUGUAAGUAAGAGCUUGCUAAACGAGCUGAGGAGGACUAGUGUUUUGGGAAGGGAGAAGGUCUGGGCAGGUCAUCUUUUCCCCAUGAGAAAACACGCAGAUGGGAAAAGGGGAGACCCACAAAUAUCCUGUAGGCUCUUAUGCACGGCCUUCUGGUGCAUGAACACCUGCUGUACAUCCUGCCAUGUUGUUGUGAUGCCAUCAAAAUCAACAGGCUGAUCCUUGCCAAAAUGUGGCCUGUGGCAUGUAUGGAGGCACAGUACUAAGGGCAGAGUUAAUACAAAUUUUGCUAGAAGUAAAAAGAGUGUCAUUCCAACUACUUACAUCAGCUAAUCUGCGAUGACACCUUCAGUUUUCUUGGACCUCUUUUGUCACAGUGCUCUAUGGAACAAGUUUUUGUUCACACAAGUCUCUUUUAAAUUUCAGCUGUAAACAACAAACUCAAUUCUUUUUAUGUCUCUUACUCACUACCUAAUAAAGGAUAAAGCCUAAAUAUUAGAAUGUAUAGUGGAUUUUCUGUGCCUUGCUGUUCCACCCCUCUCUUGGCCAGUAACAAGUCAACGUACCUUGGAUGUCAGCACAACAGUUUUAUUAUAUAUAUGUCAAGGAAAAUACUGGCACAGCAAUCUGAUUGGGCAAGGGGAGCUUUCAGUCAAGGGUAUGUCCACAGCAGCUGACAAAGGAGCUAGCAAACAGAAGACGCUUUACACCUACUUGUCAAUACAUCCAAUAUGGAGAGCACCAUAAAAGAAAAAUGUGUCAUUAUAUUUCAUAUUACAGUAACACUCCAGGGCCAAGAGGAAGCCUAAAGCACAAGGAAACAGAUCAUUUCAUCGAAGACACUGUCACUCACUGGAAUAACAGUGUGAAAUCAGCCUGCAGGGAAAUGGCUGGGUAUGAACUCGAAAAAACAAAUAGGUUCAGGGAUGUUUUCUUAAAUUCUAUACAAAGUGUUAAAGAAUGACUAUUCUGUUCUGACCCGAAGAGAUGGUAUUUUUGUGGGAGGGAUAUAUAUUUAUAUUUAUACGCUAUCUGCAUUUUUCCAACUAUCUCUGGCUUCAAACCUUUGUUCUGAAGGAUCAUCAUUGCUCUGAACCAUGAAAUCAGUUACCUUCUUGAAAGCUGGUGUAAAAGCUGAUGUGAGAGGUCAGUAAGCAAAUGGUAUGAAUAUGAUGAUCUGAAAUGGAAAAAAAAAUGAACUGGCCAUGUCAAGGAAUAUUGUAUUUGAAAAAUAUACAUUUUUAUUUUAAGAUAAAUUAAAGUUAUAUAAAAUUAAGAAUAGCUAAAUAAAGUUAAUAUAACUAGAAGAAUUACAUCUGUCAUUUUAGUACUGGAAUAUUACAAUUGGCUCCGUAUUUUAAAAGAUGAAAAGACAAAAGAUGCUGAAUCAAUGCAAGGAUGCAAUGGGUAAAUUUAGUGUCUCACACUCAUUAUCUUCCAGUAAUACCAGGAAUACCAUAACUGAAUAGACCUACCCUUAGUCACUUCUAUUCUAAUUGCCAAAGAUACAAUAGAGUAUUGGCCCAAUAUUCCCUGAAAGCUGAAAUCAUGCUGCUUAGGAGCCCCUGCUUCUGCCUCCUAUCUUAAACUAGUUGAAAUCUCAAACACACAGCUAAGGGUUUAGCCAAGGACAAGAGCUUUAUGCACUCUCACACCUACAGGUUUAUUGAAAUUCAGGACCAUUUAGGAGUAAAUGUAACUAUCUGGAGGAUGGUUAUUACAUAGCCUGAUCUGAAAUGUCAGCGGCUGAAAGAGUCUGUGCUCCAGACCGAAAUAAAGAAUACUAUGAAAACCAUAAUGCUCUUAACCUUGGGACUCCUGAAAGCAGUUGCAAAGGUCUGUGACUUCAGUACAGGCAAUUUUUUUGCCCCGAGUGCCUGAGGCCUCUUGCAGUCAUGCUAUGUACUGCAAUUAGGUAUCGUUCAGCUCUGAUUCAGUAUUGACAUAUUGAUAAAGAAACUUGGCUGAGCCUGAAACAUGAUUAGUGGCUGCCUAGUUCCAGUGAUCAGCUUCACACUGGAUGCUUGGAUGGUGAAGUAAGAAUAGUCAAAAGAUUCAAUGUAAAGAAACUGGUAAACUAAUCUGAUCCCUUUUCCUUGUGCAAUGUUCUUAUAUGGAACUCGUGAGGCAUUAACAAGCUGGGACAUUCAAGAGUUCCUGGAUAAAAUAUAGGGACCCUGAAGGUCCUAAGAUCUUCACUUUAAAAAUAAUUUUGAUGAAAAAGAACCCAGAAGACUUUCUUUGGCUUGGGUACUUCAGUGACUUUGUAGCAACGGUCUUCACACUGUCAGCACACUGACAUUUGUGUUGUUCACAACAGAAAUUGAAUAUUUGACAUGCGUAAUUAGAAACAAGUAUAGUUAAUAAUAUUCAUUGCAUAGGUAUUGGACGCUCAAUUACAGGACACAAGAAUUUUCCUUGGAAAUCCAUGCAUUCCUGUCUGUUCAUACCAGCCAAGAUACCACUGCAUCUUGUCAAUACGUGGGUCUCCAGAAAGGAUGUCCAUAUUUUUUAUUUGUUUUCAUUACUAUUUGAUUUUUCUUCUAUUUCUUUAUUCAUACUUUCCUCUC